AGAUUUUAGCUUUUUCUCGAGCUGCAUGUGGCACGUUCGAGAGCUUUGGACGGUUCUGUUUGAGGCCGGCCAUGUCCUCGACUGGUAAAUCGAAGCGCAACCAGCGAGAGAGCAACUUAGCAGAAAAAUACCAAACUGAGGGGCCCUUCACCACGGUGAUGAUCCGGAACAUCCCGACGGAAUACACGCAGGAUGAGUUGAUUGUUGAGGUCAGUGAGGUGAUGGGAUCGGCGCAGUCCUUCGAUUUCUUCUACUUGCCCUGGGACACACAAAAUGAUUGCAACAUUGGUUACGUCUUUGUGAACUUCCCAGAUCCUGGAGCAGCACAAAGUGCUGUUCGGGCGUUUUCCAAUUACAACUUCCGGCUUCACGAUAGCAAGAAGGUCGGCAAGGUCUCGCCGGCGCACAUCCAGGGCUUGGAGAAUAACCUCCGACACCUGCAGGAUCGUGCGGUGGUCCUGGGAAACCAUCCUUGCAGCCCAAUCGUCAUGUGGAAAGGGCAGAAGGUUGAGCUCAGCCUGAUCUUUCAAGAGCUGAGAACACAGGACACGCUGCGGAAAUUUGAGAAUGGCGGCAACAACUCUUCCCCAGGUCGACAGGCUGCACUGCAGAAUGAUUUGGCACAGGCUGCAGCAGAAGCCCUCAAGGUCCCAAUGCCCGAGGUGGUGAACGUCGGGGAGACCUUCGCGGAUCUGCUGGAUCGAGCCGCGGGGCUCUCGCAUUCUCAAGGAGCUGUGAUGAACCCAGGUUUGGUGAUGCCAUACAUGAACCAGAGGGCGAUGGGAAGUCAGAUGCGGCAAGGCAUGCUUUCACCUCCAAGCUCUGUGGGGUCCAGCUACAGGGUCACUCCCGGCGGAGGUGCCUCCCCUGCCGCUGCCGCUGCGGCAUACAAUCGGAUGCUGGCUUCGGGAGGCUUUGGUACCAUCAGCCCAAUUUCUGGCGGUUUGCAGCCAACUACUGGCUUGCUAGCUCCUCAAUCCGACAAAGGAAUGGCAGUCCCACCAGGUCAAUUUUUCGGGAGGAAGCCUGAGCCGGUGAGCACCCCAAACCUGGGCGCAUCCGCCUGGCCAAGUCCACAGGACUUGGCGGCCUUGGGGUUGGCGGCUGACCCCAACUUGUACUUGAUGGCCAAUCAAGCUGGGAUGUGUCGAAACGCCCCCUUUGUAACUGGGGACGACGACCUCUUUGGUGGUGAUGAGCUUGAUGGCUCGAACUUUGACCUCCGAAUACCUGCCGUGGUGACCUCGCCCCACAGUUGGUCGGGCGUGGUGAACCCAGCGCCUGGCUUAACGCCUCCACCACAGCUCGAGCGGAGCGAGGGCAGCCAAAAGGGACGAUCCAACGUAUUGUCCCCCUCAUCCAAUUCGCCCGGGAGGCAUGCGCUCAGGCCGGGUCUACAAUCUGCACCAACAACUCCGUCCAUGCAUGGUGCCACCAAUGGCUCUUUGGAGCAUUUGGGCGUGGCUUCCAGACCUGACUCUCCAGUGACCCUUCCAGCAACCAUCCCGACCCCGGCGACGCUGGGCACGGGAGUGAAGGAGAUCAACAUGAAGAGUGCCGAUCAGAAUCUGCUUGACAAGUUUAUGGCUCAAUUUGGAGCACCAUGAAGUUUCUGAGGAGCCUUCUUCGACUGAAGGACAUUUCCACCUUCUGAGCGUUUUCCACACCACUGGGAGGUCAUCGCACCGACCCGUCAAUCUGACGAUCGUCGAUCCGACGAUUGGAGGAGAAAGAGAGGGGUUCCCGGCCCGAGAAGAAGCGGACCCCGCUGUAAGAGGACGGUGUUCACGCGUCAAAAGCAC